AUAGAAUUUUGCUGUCUCGUCAAGGACAGCGAUACGUGACGAGGGGGGAGGCUUAGCUGGCUGGGAAUGAUUGGUCAUGGCGGAAGCAUCAUCCUCCAGUCGUGCGCUAUUUGAGCGCUUUCAAGCUGACUUUCCAUCGAGCUGCCACAGCAAGCUCCGUCAGCUGCUGCGGCUAGCGCGACCCGAUGACCUGUCGCUGGACUCACCAGGUCACGUGGCCUGCCCAAUCUGUGCUGCCGAGAUGCCCCUCGAUCAGGUUGAUGCACACAUUGAAGCCGGCUGUCCUCCGGCAGAGACCCCUUCAUCGACCACAAAGAUACCUAUGCCUGGUCCCGUGCCGGGCGGUGUGACUCCGCCAGCCAAGCGCGAGAAGCCAAACCCUCCAACCGAGGCGAGUCAGACCCAAGAAGAAUCACCCGCAGCGAUAUCAGCUCCCAAAGUCAAGUCCAAGAGCAAAGACAAGCCCCCUGCGGCCGUUUCAUCUCGUGGCUCUUCUCGUGGAGGCAGUGGUAACCUUCAUGCUUUCUUUGGAGGUGAGGAUACCACGGUCCCUGGAUAUUUUGUUCUGCACCGCACGGCUGGCCUGCCCACGCAUGCCACUUUUGAGCGCGAAGCGCCGCCGGGGUUUCAAGCCUUGCAGCAUACCUUUACUUGGGAAGGCAAGCAGGUAUGGACUCGUGAUAAACGUGAAAAGCACAUCCUUUCUGGCGCUCAGCUCAAGGCCCCGCCAACACUUACCCGUCAACUUUUGGCCAGGCUCGGUUGGGCGAAGUCGGCGCAGCUGCCGCCAAGCCUACCUAUCGAUGGAGUGAGAACAAGCCGCAGUAUCGUGAUGCCCAGCUGCUUCAAAGUCAUCUACAGGUGCGUAUCCGAUGACCUGGUGGAAUUCCAUGACGUUGAUCCGGGCCUUUCGUCUGCAUUCACGGCAUCACAUCGUUUGCGCGCGCGCGCGCGCCUGGGCCACACCCUGUUGAAGAAAUGCGUGCGGCGCUGUCGGGCUGAACUGGCCGUUUGCAGCGCCCGCGAGCUGCUUCUGUUUGACCCAAUCAAGGUGCUUCGACGGCUGCCCGUCAUCAUGAUUGAAGACGGACAACUGUUAGAGUGCCUUCCGGCUCUCGUUUGGUACAUGGUUGCCUUGAGCAAGAGCUACCGGCUCUCUGAUGCCGAUACGGCCUUCCUCCUUGGCGUCGUGCACGCCGUCGCUGCCUCGCCCUUCAAGGAUGGCGCCGUCACAUGGGGAGAAGUCGACGAAAAGUUCAACGGCCGUCAUAUUGUUAAAGUGAGCUGUCGGUCCAUCCCUUGCUACGCACAAAUGUGCUGUCAUUCAAUUAGAUGGUACUUGCUGACCCGACCGUGCUCUGGUUUGGGCCACCACGCUUGUGUAGGCCAAACUUUCUGA